AUCUUCACGAAGCUUACUUGACUUGUGGAAAGUUAUGUUGGGAAAGAUUGAGUUUAUAUUAGAUUAGAUUGGAAUACUACCAAUUAGGAAUUCUUGUAUUUUUAUAGACAGUGAACGUUGAUGGCAAUAUUAGCAAUUGACUUCCCCAUGUCAUUGGAUUAAGUAUGAGCUCAAAAACACCGAUAUCACUCCUUCAGGAGUAUUUAGUCAAAGAAGGUAUUUUACCAUGUUACCAAUUAAUUGAUUGUGAAAGUGGAACUCAUGAACCCUGUUUUAGUUAUGAGGUUAAAGCCAAAGGCCUUAUUGCUAUCGGCAAGGGUAGGUCAAAAAAAGAAGCAAAACAAGAGGCUGCGAAAAUAUUGCUUCUUCAAUUGAAUGGAGAGGCAAUUCAGAAAGAAGAAAUACCAAUAAUUUCACCUCAUGUCCCUAGUGUGAAAGGGAAUGCGAUUGGAGCACUACAAGAAUACUGUGUACAACACCGUAUUUCUUAUCCUCAAUAUGAGUAUAUCUCAGCUGAUGUUGAUUUAACUCCCCAAGUGUUUGUUGUGCGAUGUACUGUUUUAACUCACUCAGCUGAAGGUAAGGCUUCUACAAAACAGCAAGCCAAACAUCUUGCCGCACAAGCGGUGUUGUCAAUGUUACAAAAGGUUGAGGAGAAUGUUAUUGAUAUGUCAUCAAACAUAGUCAAGGAAAAAAAAGAACUUACUGUUAAAACUUAUGACAAAACAAGUGAGGCUUUUCAAAAAACAUUAAAUGAAAGACCACUUACUUCCACGAACACAAUGAAAAAUCUUUUGGAUUUUGCUGAUUAUUUUAAAAAAGAAAUUGGUUCUCGUUCCCCUGCACUUACUUCCUUAAAAAAUAUAGAUGAACUAAUAGAAGCCCAUAAUGACCCUGAAGGUCUAUUUAGACUUAUUAUGGAUCAAUUAGGCUAUGAAUUUAAGUUUGAAUUUUUGAAUUCUAAGGAUUCAGGUGAUUGUUUGUGUAGCCUUUUAGUAAAGAAGAUGAGUAUUAAUUGCAUCGGUGCAGGAAAAUGUAAAAAUGAUGCACAGAAAGAAGCUGCAAUAAAUGCUCUUAAAGUAUUGGUAGUAAUGUCUAAAUCAUAGUUACUCAAAUAUAUAAAUAUUUUCAAUUGGAUUAAUAAUAUGUGUUUGUAUUCAUUUAAAUUUUAUAAAUAUUUUGUUAUUUUUUUAUGUUCUAUUGUUAUCAAUUUAUAAAACUGUGCUGCCGCUCGUUUUUCUCAAUACUAUAAUAUUUAACACAUGGGUUCAUACUCUAUGUAGCCUACUAAUAGUUCAGAAUUGGCACUCGGUGAGGUAGUAGGUUUUUGAUAUUUUAUUCUUAAUUUUGUUAUUAAAAACAGAUUAAAUUUUCUAUUUAAUUAAAGUUAACUUCCUUCUAUUCCACCUAAAUUAAAGAGCAUUAGGUGGUGUUAUUAUAUAUCAAUCAUAUCAAUUGAUUUAAAAAUGUAUAUAUUUAAAUUAUUUUGUUAUUUUUACAUGUUGAAUUGUUGUUUUUAAAUUCUAGUUUUUGAGAUUAUUGCUUAUGUAACAUUUUAGUAAAGGAAAUUUGUAUAACUUGCACCGGUGCAGGAAAAUGUAAAAAUGAUAUCCAGACAAAACUGCAAUAAGUACUCUUAAAGUAUUGAUGUCUAAAUCAUAGUUAAAUGAAAUGAAUGAAAACAUGUUUAUUAUCAUAAAGCAAAUAUAUAUAUAUGUUUAUAUACAUUUAGAACUUAUUAACUUGUUAUUUUGUGAUAUUGAAUUGUUAUUAAAAUUUAUAAAACUGCA